UUAUGCAGGGACCAAGUGGGAGAACCCGCCUGCUUGAUAAAUAAUGGCUGCCCGACGGCACAUGAGAGACCAGCCUUCGCUAGGUCGUCUCUGCAGCCUUUCUCGGCUCGGCGGCGGCAAACCUUUCUCGCGCACGACGGGCGCCUCGGCCAGCCAGCGCGGCACGGGUGUAGAAAACCGGCCUGCAGGUGCUGUCGCGUUCGUUUGAGCCUCCGACGACGAGGCCUUUCGCAACGACAACCUAAAAACAAACAAGACAACUAGAAUUUAAGAAAUCUGGGCCAGCUUCCCAGAAGCUUUUUGAAACAAGCCUGGGCCAAUUUCUGUUGUUAACGCUGGAGUGGCGAACGUGCUCAAGAAACUGGACCAACUUUCUUGCAAAUUGGCGGAGAAACGCUGGUCCAGCUUUCCCGGAGGAGGUUUCUGAAUCAGACGCUCGACUGCAUCAAUCAUCCUACGCAAACGCGUUGCUCAGGCGUGCAGACCGCUCAGGAAAAACCAAACCGUGUUGGCCAUGAGAGUUCCAAAAACACGCCGAGUAUUACUCAAAAACGGGCUGGCACGAUCAUCGUUGAAUGGAGCAAUUAGCCAGUCGGCAGAUGGGCGAAAAUACUAUAGAUCGAACAGCGAAUAUAAGAGCACGGUCAAACUAUAAUGGCUGUGAGCGACAACUCCACGGGCUGGCAGGAGCCCGAAGGGCAGCCGCAAGCCGUGACGCAGGCGUCCGCGCCCCCGUUCUUGCAGCAGGUGCUGCGGCACUCCUUGUCGCAGACGGCCGGCACGAAGAGGGGCUCCACGGGCGGGCAGGAGCCCGAAGGGCAGCCGCAAGCCUUGACGCAGGCGUCCCCGCCCCCGUUCUUGCAGCAAGUGCUGCGGCACUCCUUGUCGCAGACGGCCGGCACGAAGAGGGGCUCCACGGGCGGGCAGGAGCCCGAAGGGCAGCCGCAAGCCGUGACGCAGGCGUCCCCGCCCCCGUUCUUGCAGCAGGUGCUGCGGCACUCCUUGUCGCAGACGGCCGGCGCGAAGAGGGGCUCCACGCGCUGGCAGGAGCCCGAAGGGCAGCCGCAAGCCGUGACGCAGGCGUCCCCGCCCCCGUUCUUGCAGCAGGUGCUGCGGCACUCCUUGUCGCAGACAGCCACCGCGAAGAGGGGCUCCACGGGCGGGCAGGAGCCCGAAGGGCAGCCGCAAGCUGUGACGCAGGCGUCCCCGCCCCCGUUCUUGCAGCAGGUGCUGCGGCACUCCUUGUCGCAGACAGCCACGCGCGAAGAGGGGCUCCACGGGCAGGAGCAGGAGCCCGAAGGGCAGCCGCAAGCCGUGACGCAGGCGUCCCCGCCCCCGUUCUUGCAGCAGGUGCUGCGGCACUCCUUGUCGCAGACGGCCAGCGCGAAGAGGGGCUCCACGGGCGGGCAGGAGCCCGAAGGGCAGCCGCAAGCCGUGACGCAGGCGUCCCCGCCCCCGUUCUUGCAGCAGGUGCUGCGGCACUCCUUGUCGCAGACGGCCGGCACGAAGAGGGGCUCCACGGCGGCAGGAGCCCCGAAGGGCAGCCUGGGCAGGAGCGAAGGGCAGCCGCAAGCCGUGACGCAGGCGUCCCCGCCCCCGUUCUUGCAGCAGGUGCUGCGGCACUCCUUGUCGCAGACGGCUGGCGCGAAGAGGGGCUCCACGUGCGGGCAGGAGCCCGAAGGGCAGCCGCAAGCCGUGACGCAGGCGUCCCCGCCCCCGUUCUUGCAGCAAGUGCUGCGGCACUCCUUGUCGCAGACGGCCGGCACGAAGAGGGGCUCCACGGGCGGGCAGGAGCCCGAAGGGCAGCCGCAAGCCGUGACGCAGGCGUCCCCGCCCCCGUUCUUGCAGCAGGUGCUGCGGCACUCCUUGUCGCAGACGGCCGGCACGAAGAGGGGCUCCACGGGCGGGCAGGAGCCCGAAGGGCAGCCGCAAGCCGUGACGCAGGCGUCCCCGCCCCCGUUCUUGCAGCAGGUGCUGCGGCACUCCUUGUCGCAGACGGCCUCGCGAAGAGGGGCUCCACGGGCGGGCAGGAGCCCGAAGGGCAGCCGCAAGCCGUGACGCAGGCGUCCCCGCCCCCGUUCUUGCAGCAGGUGUGCUGCGGCACUCCUUGUCGCAGACAGCCACCGCGAAGAGGGGCUCCACGGGCGGGCAGGAGCCCGAAGGGCAGCCGCAAGCCGUGACGCAGGCGUCCCCGCCCCCGUUCUUGCAGCAAGUGCUGCGGCACUCCUUGUCGCAGACGGCCGGCACGAAGAGGGGCUCCACGGGCGGGCAGGAGCCCGAAGGGCAGCCGCAAGCCGUGACGCAGGCGUCCCCGCCCCCGUUCUUGCAGCAGGUGCUGCGGCACUCCUUGUCGCAGACAGCCACCGCGAAGAGGGGCUCCACGGGCGGGCAGGAGCCCGAAGGGCAGCCGCAAGCCGUGACGCAGGCGUCCCCGCCCCCGUUCUUGCAGCAGGCGCUGCGGCACUCCUUGUCGCAGACGACGAGCUCGAAGUCCGUCGCAGUUGCGGGCGCAGCUUGGCUGGCGGCAAUCAGGAGGAGGAUGUGAGUGCAGAGCAUCUUUGGGUAGCUGUGGCGAAGGCGCGUGUGCCCGAAAGGAUGGUAGUCAAAGCCCGACGGGGGAACAAAAAAGCCAACUCUUGCUGAGCCUAGAACGACGGCUUGAGCCAGGGAGCGGGCGACAGGCAUGCCGCGGCAUCGGCGGCG